UGACAGUUUCUAGGUAGAGGAUCUUUCAGGGGUGCCACGAGGAGGGUCACCUCUUAUUGUCAAACGAUGGACAUGCUGAUGCAGUUGGCUAAAGCUGUGGCUAGCGCAGCAGCCGCUCUGGUGCUGAAGGCGAAGAACGUGGCUCAGAAGACGGAGGACUCGGCCCAGCAGAACCGGGUCAUCGCUGCCGCCACGCAGUGCGCCCUGUCCACCUCUCAGCUGGUGGCCUGCACCAGGGUGGUGGCACCGACCAUCAGCUCCCCGGUGUGCCAGGAACAGCUGAUCGAGGCGGGGAAGCUGGUGGCCAAGUCGGUGGAGGGCUGCGUGGAGGCAUCGCAGGGGGCCACUCAGGACGAGGGGCUCCUGAAACAGGUGGGCUUUGCUGCCACAGGCGUCAAUCAGGCCCUCAACGAGCUGCUGCAGCACAUCAAGCAGUACGCCAGCGGAGGACAUCCUAUUGGACGCCACGGAGAAGCCACCGACCGCAUCCUGGACGUCACUGAGAACAUCUUCGGCUCCAUGGGAGACGCUGGUGAGAUGGUCCGUCAGGCCCGUAUCCUCGCCCAGGCCACCUCCGAUCUGGUCAACGCCAUCAAGAUGGACGCCGAGGGAGAGACCGACCUGGAGAACUCACGCAAGCUUCUGUCCGCCGCCAAGCUGCUGGCUGAUGCCACCGCCAAGAUGGUGGAGGCUGCGAAGGGUGCAGCAGCGAACCCCGACAGUGAGGAGCAGCAGCAGAAGCUUCGAGAGGCAGCUGAAGGUCUGCGUAUGGCCACCAACGCUGCCGCACAGAACGCUAUCAAGAAACGCCUGGUCAACAAGCUCGAGCAUGCAGCCAAACAAGCAGCAGCAGCAGCCACUCAAACCAUUGCUGCCGCCCAACACGCAGCCUCCUCCAGCAAGAACCAUGCGGCGCAGCAGCAGCUGGUCCAGGCUUGCAAGAUGGUGGCAGAGCAGAUCCCUCAGCUGGUUCAGGGGGUCCGGGGCAGUCAGUCCCAGCCCGACAGCCCGAGUGCUCAACUGGCCCUCAUCAGUGCCAGCCAGAACUUCCUGCAGCCUGGUGCUAGGAUGGUGACAGCCUCCAAGGCCACAGUCCCCACCAUCGGAGACCAGGCUUCCGCCAUGCAGCUCAGCCAGUGUGCUAAGAACCUGGCCAGCGCUCUGGCUGAGCUCCGGACCACCUCACAGAAGGCUCAGGAGGCGUGCGGUCCGUUGGAGAUAGAAAACGCUCUGUCCACUGUACGAGGUCUGGAGAAGGAAAUCCAGGAGGCCAAGGCUUCAGCUAAGGCGGGGAUACUGAAACCACUGCCAGGAGAGACGCUGGAGAAGUCCUCUCAGGAUCUGGGGAGCAGCACUAAGGCAGUNUCCAAUGACUACGGGCUGUUUCUGUCCGAUGAAGACCCAAAGAAAGGCAUCUGGCUGGAGGCGGGCAAGGCCCUGGACUACUACAUGUUGAGGAACGGGGACACUCUGGAGUACAAGAAGAAGCAGAGGCCUCUGAAGAUCCGCAUGCUGGACGGCACCGUGAAAACCGUCAUGGUGGACGACUCCAAGAUCGUCAGUGACAUGCUGAUGACCAUCUGUGCCAGGAUAGGUAUUACAAACUACGAUGAGUACUCACUGGUGCGAGACAUCAUGGAGGAGAAGAAGGAGGAGACCACAGGCACGCUGAAGAGAGACAAGACUCUGCUGAGAGAUGAGAGGAAGAUGGAGAAGCUGAAGCAGAAGCUCCACACAGACGAUGAGUUGAACUGGUUGGACCACGGCCGGACGUUGAGGGAGCAGGGAGUGGAGGAGACGGAGAUGUUGCUGCUGAGGAGGAAGUUCUUCUACUCGGACCAGAACGUGGACUCCAGAGACCCGGUCCAGCUCAACCUGCUUUACGUACAGGCCCGUGAUGACAUCCUGAACGGCUCUCAUCCAGUCUCCUUCGAUAAGGCCUGUGAUUUCUGUGGCUAUCAGUGUCAGAUUCAGUUCGGAGACCACAAGGAGGACAAACACAAGCCUGGAUUCUUAGAUUUAAAGGAGUUCAUUCCCAAAGAGUACAUCAAGAACAAAGGAGAGAAAAAGAUCUUCCAGGCUCACAAAAACUCUCAGAAACUCUCUCUAGCAACUCUCAGCAAAGUCAGGACAGAAACAUUGACCUUAUUGAUGAGGCGUUGUUGA